AUGUCGUUUCUCACUCCUACUCUGAAGUUGCUUGCUAGUGAAAUAGCUUCUGUGUUAAUCCUCAGGAAUGAGACACUGUCCAUCGCAGAAACGGCUUGUGGUGGACUGAUGGGAGCAGCAAUUCUCACCGUUCCUGGAACGUCGAAGUGUUUCAAAGGGAGCAUGGCAGCGUAUUCUUUGGAAUCGAGGGUUGCUUUCCUCGGAUGGACAGGAGAGGUUUUGAAUGGCUACAAAGGCCCCGAUGAACAAAUAGUUAUUGGCCUAGCCUCUCAUCUACGCAAGACGCUCUCCUCUACAUGGUGUCUAUCUGAAUCCGGCGUAUGCGGUCCUUCCCGACCAGACGUUUACCGCGCAGAAAUCGAAGGUCCAGGUUAUUGUGCGUUCGCUAUUGUUGGGGAUGGCAAGAGGACUGUCAGUAAGGAGGUCAGGAUUCCUCAGCCGAAGAGCCGUGAGGAGAAUAUGGUAGCGAUGGCGGAGGAAGGGUUAAAGUUGCUCCUGGAUACGUUGAAGGCUCAGGAAUGA